GCCAGCUCCAGCCCCGUCACUCGGCAGUCGACACCCGCACGCAUCGGUCGCCUCCCAACUCUCAACCUAACCUCUCACACGUAAAACUUAAAGUUUCAGCAAUGGUGAAAGUUCUUUUUCUUUUGCGUUUCAAAUUUUCCUGGUAAAUUGCGGGUAGUUCUGAGUGUUUUUUCGUGAGCGUGCGCGGGUGUCCGCGGUAGACUCUGAGCAUGUCGCUCGUCGUGAAGUUGAACCGGUUCAAGGUGCUGAAGUGCAAGAGCGAGAUCUACGCCAAGUUGGAGUUCAGAGGCGCCGCCAAGUACUCCAACAUCCUCUCCGACUCUGAAGACAUCGUCUACGUGCAUGAGCGCUUCGAAUGGAUGGUCUCCAGGCCCGUGGGUCCUGGAGAGGUGCUGACUCUUCAGCUGCUGACCCGCGUCCGCUGGGGCUCCCCGAGGAUGCUCGGGGUGUACACCCUCGGUCUGCAGCUGCUGGUCAGCGAGGGGCAGCUGUCAGUCACUGACACGCUGGUGGAUGAGCGCAACCGGGCCGUGCCGGUAUUCGUGGACAUGGACGUCAUCUACGUGUCCCCAUCAGUCGAGAUCAUGAUGCCUGAUGACGUCAUCUCGCGCCACUCGCUCGAGGGGUCCCGAGUCUCAGUGCACACGUCGGGCCGCAGCUCCGGCUCGGCCCCCUCUGAAGAUGAGGAGAAUACCCUUGAGGAUAUCGAGAGGAACAUCGCCAGCGUGGAGAGGACCAUGCAGAGUGAGCGCGGCAAGGAGUGGGUGGUGGAUAUUGAGAGCGGCGAUGAGUCUAGGGCCCGCAAGCUCAAGAUUGCUGGGAAGAGGCUGCUGCGCCGCGGCUUCUCAAUGGGGGCCAACGACAAGGUAGUCACCAUCUCCGAGGGUCGGAAGCGAACCUCGACCCUGCGCAACAUGCGCAGCCUCAUCCGACUGGGCAAGCAGAGGCCCCGGGACGAUGAUGAGCUGGCUCUCCUGGAGCCAGUGGCCGGCCCGUCCAGCGAGCCCGACCGCCCGAUCAGCCAGACCUCCGUGUCGUCUGAUGACAUACCGUCGGUGCACGGAAUGAGUGACACGCCUAGGAAGAGGAAACUAGCCCUGGACACGGCGGGCCCGACGGCUCUCAAGGCAGCAGACUUCCAGGUCUGUGUCACGGUGAUCGAGGCCCGUCAGCUGGCUGGUCUCAACAUGGACCCCGUGGUCUGCGUCCAGGUCGGGGACGUCAGGAAGUACACCAGCGUGAAGGAGAGCACCAACUGCCCGUAUUAUAAUGAGUACUUCGUGUUCGACUUCCACAUGCCUCCCAUCAUGCUGUUUGACAAGAUCAUCACUCUGUCGGUAUUGCAAUCGCGGAACAUCCUGCGUGCCAACAAACUGCUGGGCAGCUUCAAGCUGGAUGUGGCCACGGUCUGGAGUCAGCCAGAACGCCAGUUCUUCCACAAGUGGGCUCUCCUGACGGACCCUGACGACGUGGCUUCCGGAGCCAAGGGGUACCUCAAGUGUGACAUCAGCGUGAUCGGCAAGGGAGACGCCGUGAAGAUACCGGCCAAGAGCGAGAAGGAUGAAGACGAUAUUGAAGCUAACCUCCUCCUGCCUGACGGGGUCCCGAUCGAGCGGCAGCGCGCGCGCUUCAUCAUCAAGAUCUACCGAGCUGACGGUCUACCCAAGAUGAACUACUCCAUCCUGGCCAACGUCAAGAGAGCCUUCACCGGGGAGAACCAGGACCUGGUGGACCCCUUCGUCCAAGUCUGCUUCGCUGGCAUGACUGGCAGCACAUCAGUCAAGAAGAACUGCUACGCUCCAGUCUGGAACGAACAGAUCGUGUUCACCGAGAUGUUUCCGCCUCUAUGCCAACGCAUUAAGAUUCAACUUCGCGACAACCAUCCCGUGCACCCGAAUAUCAUCGGCACCCAUUUCAUCGAUUUGAAAUCUAUCUCCUGUGACGGGGAAAAGGGAUUCCUCCCUACGUUCGGGCCAGCGUUCGUGUACAUGUACGGGUCGACCAGGGAGUACAGCCUCCUGGACCAGCACUCCAGCCUCAACACCGGCAUGGGCGAGGGAGUCUCCUACCGCGCCAGGGUCCUUAUCUCGAUCCGCACUGAGAUAAUGGACAACAUCGAGUGCAUGGCGUCAGACGUCGAAGUAGAACCGGCCCUGCCGCUCACCGAGCCAGCCUUCGGGAAGAGCGAGGAGUUCUUCCUUUUCUCCAGCAUCUUCGACGCCAACAUGAUUGAGAAGCGCAUUGCAGACAAGCCGAUCCACUUCGAGCUGAGUAUCGGCAACGCUGGCAACUGCCUGGAUGGCAAUAGUGAGUCGGUGAAACGCCCUCAAGAUUUGGACACUGAGGAGUUGGAAUCCAUGAGUGGAGACACAGGCUUCUGGCAGAGCACCACCAUGCCGGUGAAGCCCACAUCUACGGACAAGGACUACUACUACCUGCCGUACUGGGACAGCAAGCCUUGCAUGCACAUCCGCAGCAUCUGGCCGGACCAUCGCCGCCGCAUGUACAACUCCAACAUGAUAGCCAGCAUCAUUGAGAAGUUUGAGGAAGGGCUGUCCGACGCCCAGCUGGCGAUUGAGACAGACGUGGGCACGGACUCGAAUGGAGUGCAAGCUCUCAAGGGCACUCUGGACGCCACCAGUGUGGCCUGCGCCAACUAUGUGAAGCAUCUCAGCAACUCUCCGCCGAUUGGCACCACCAAACUGGACAAAGAGCGUAUGAAGAUGUGCAUCUCUGAGAUUGAUCACAUCAGCACCAUGGCUCGUAAUCUCAAAGCAUUGAUUACAAAACACUCAAUUAAGGAUCGUCUGCGUACCGCUUACACAUACUUGAACAAGCUCAAGCAGCUCUGCGAAGAUCCGCAACACACCCUGCCUGAUGUAUUCGUUUGGAUGGUGAGGGAAGGGAAGCGUGUUGCAUACCAGAGGAUCGCUGCUCGGGACAUCAUAUUCUCUGACUAUCCAGAUGAGUCUGGAAAAUUCUGCGGCAAAAUGCAAACUCUGUUUCUCAAGUGGCCAGGCAAGAAAGCAGCUGCACCGAGCGGAUGGACUAUACCUGCGAAGAUCUACGUUUACUUCUGGCUCGGAGUACUGAGUGACAAGAAGCACUACAUCGAAGGUUUGCCUCAAGGGUUCGAGUACAGCUCCGAGCUCCGCAAUGCUGACAAGCUGAGGUCAAGCGCCCCAAGCGGCAUUUUCUAUGCUGAGAAACAUAACUUCCAACUGCGGGCCUAUGUGUACCAAGCUCGAUCGCUGAUUGGGUCCGACGCCUCUGGACUGUCUGAUCCGUUUGCGAAAGUCAUCAUAGGCGAGAGCUCCUCCACUACCCAAGUCAUAGAUGAAACUCUGAGCCCCACAUGGGAUGAACUGCUCGUAUUCGAUGACAUCUUGCUUUACAGCAACAUUGAGCAGAUCAAAGCUGAUCCACCAACGAUUGUGGUUGAAAUUUUCGACCAAGACAAAGUUGGAAAGUCAGAGUUCAUUGGACGCACAUUAGCUAAACCUCAUGUCAAGGCGUUUGAAGAGCCAUACGAGAGACCACAUUUUCCACCAUCGUUGGAGUGGUAUGAGAUCCGCCGCGGAGAUGAUCAUGCGGGUGAGCUUCUAGCCACUUUUGAACUGCUUGAAAUACCAGCAAAGCAAAACUCUUCAGUUCUUCCUGAACUGCCAUCACCACGUGAAGCGUACGGCAAGGCCCCACUUGACGCCAACAAAGGGCCAAUAUUGCCGGUCCCAAGGGGAAUACGUCCAACUCUAUCAAAGUACCGCAUUGAAGUACUCUUCUGGGGCUUGCGUGAUCUCAAACGCGUCCACCUCCUCACAGUUGACAAACCAAGAGUUGACAUAGAGUGUGCUGGAAAUAUUUUGUAUUCGUCAGUUAUACAAAAUGCCAAGAGAAAUCCUAACUUUACCAACCCUGUGAAGUUUGUUGACGUUGAGCUGCCUGAUCAGGACCUGUACAGGCCCCCGCUCACCAUUCGUGUAAUCGAUUGUCGUAGCUUCGGUCGUAUGACAUUGGUUGGAACUCACACUAUCAACUCUAUCCAUAAGUACAUCUACACUCCGAUGAGUAAGAGGGAACGUGAAGCUGAAGAGAGGAAGAAAUCGCUAAUUCAGCUCCAGAAUGUAGACUUGAGGGCAAACUGCAUUGUGCAAGAAGACACAUUCACAAUUGAGAAUGAAAAAGAAAACUGCCCAUUGUUGAUGCGUGGCAGUUCAAGCGCCAUGGUGACCUACGGCUCUAGCGUCAAGCCGUCUACGAGCAAGGGGAGGGGAGCAAAACGUGACAGCAUGAAAAGGCGCAAGGAGAGUACUGGGAGUGUACUGGACGAUGACGAUGACAGUAGCAAAGACUGGUGGACAAAGUACUUUGCUUCAGUUGAGAUGAUGAUUGAAGAUGAGAAGGAAGCUAAGAAGGAGCGGCAAGGGUUCUUGACUCCGCAGGUGGUCAUCCACGAGGAGUCUCACUCGCCGCGCGAGGAGAUCCACUCCCCGAGGUCGGACCGGGACCGCGGGAAGAAGCGACGACCCACGUCUCCACGGGGCAAGAGCUCUCCAUGCACUCAGAAAAAGAAUGAAGUCCCACGAUCAGCUUUGACCAAGAUUUAUCCGCAUGAGCUUGAGGCAGUGCCCGAGUAUGAAGAGUUCAAGGAAUGGCUCCAGCCCUUCGAGCUGUACCGCGGCAAGAAGACAGACGAUUCAGAAGAUGAUAAUCGGGUGGUUGGAGUUUUCAAGGGAGCUCUAAAGGUAUACAAGUGGCCAUUGCCAAAAGGAAUCGAUGAUCACACCAUCAUGGGCUUUGAUCCAAACUAUGGAUUCUUCCAAGGAGUUCCGAAUAACGAGCCCAUCCAUGUGCUUGUGAGGGUCUACAUCGUCAAAGCCACUGAUCUGCACCCGAUGGACUUAAACGGAAAGGCCGACCCAUACAUUGUCCUGCACUUGGGCAACAAAAAGAUCAGUGACAAGGAGAACUAUGUGUCAAAACAGCUGAAUCCUGUCUUCGGAAAAUGCUUUGAAAUAGAGGCGACAUUCCCACAGGACUCUAUGCUCUCAAUUCAAGUCCUCGACUGGGACUUGCUUGGCUCCGACGACCUUAUCGGAGAAACCAAAAUUGAUCUUGAAAACCGGUUCUACAGCCGUCAUCGUGCCACUUGCGGACUGCCGCAGAAAUACGAGGAGACCGGAUAUAACCGCUGGAGGGACGCCUUGAAGCCCACUCAGAUUCUGGCCAAGUUGUGCAAAGAGGGAAAACUAGACCCGCCGAUCUAUGAGCCGAACCGCGUGAAGAUUGGCCGCACGGUGUUCAACGUAUCCAUGGAGGAAAUGGAACUGUUCACAAACCCGAAGACUCUGGAUGAGCAACUGGCCCUGAUGGUGCUGCGUCGUUGGCACGAGGUGCCAAGAGUCGGCACUCAUCUUGUGCAUGACCACGUCGAAACUCGACCUUUGUACAACCCUAACAAACCUGGUGUGGAGCAAGGCCGCUUGGAGAUGUGGGUUGACAUGUUUCCCAUGGACAUGCCGCUGCCAGGACCGCCACUGGACAUCUCUGCUCGGAAGCCAAAGUCCUAUGAAAUGAGGGUCAUUAUCUGGAACACUGACGAUGUGGUGCUGGAAGAUGACGCCUUCUUCACUGGAGAGAAGAUGUCCGAUAUCUAUGUGAAGGGAUGGGUGAAAGGACCAGACGAUUGUCAGUGCACCGAUAUCCACUAUCGCUCUUUGACUGGAGAAGGGAACUUCAACUGGCGUUUCAUUUAUCCGUUCGAGUAUUUGGAGGCUGAAGAGCGUAUCGUCAUAUCCCGCAAAGAAUCCGUGUUCUCGUGGGAUGAGACAGAGUGCAAGAUACCAGCUCGACUGGAGCUUCAAGUUUGGGACGCUGACCAUUUUUCAGCUGAUGACUUUCUCGGUGCAGUGACUCUCGACCUAAGUCGCUUCCCGCGCGGAGCAAAGAACUCCAAGCUGUGCACUCUCGAAAUGCUGAAGAGCGAUGGUUCUGUGCCGAUGAUCAACCUGUUCAAGCAGAAGCGCGUCAAGGGCUGGUGGCCAUUCUACAUCAAGAGGGAGACUGACGAGAUGGAACUCACUGGCAAGGUCGAGGCUGAGAUACAUCUGCUGACCAAGGAAGAGGCUGAGAAGGUGCCGGCCGGACUUGGCAGGAAUGAACCGGACCCGUUGGACAAACCCAACCGCCCUGACGCGUCGUUCAUGUGGCUGCUGAACCCACUCAAGUCGAUCCGCUACAUCAUGUGGCACAACUACAAGUGGACUAUCCUGAAGGUCUUUGUCGUUCUCACCGUCGCCCUUCUUAUCUUGCUCUUCUUCUAUGCCGUUCCAGGCUACACCGUCAAGAGGCUCUUGGGUGCUUAAAGCGACAAGGUUCUUCAAUCUUUGCAAUUAUAUAUUAAUCUUGAUACUAUCGUAUAUUCGUUGUUGUACUUACCUCGCCUUGAAUUUAAAAUUCAGGUGCAGGAACUCUAUACAAAACUGUCUCUAGCAUCCAUAUUAUAAUGUGGUUGAGGCCGUGGUCUAUCACUGAUUUAUAAGUAUUAUUAUACUCUAUUACAGUAAAUGUUGUAGAAUUAGAAACAAUUAUAUCAUAAUAAUCAUAUCAAAUAUAAUCAUAUAUUUUUGGGAAAUCGAAAAAAACAGUAGUAAGUUUAAUUAUUCUAUCAACUUUUGUGACUUGAAAACUUUUGAAAUUUGAAAAUGUUAUUAAUUGACCUACAUAUUUAGAAUAGGUAUUAAAUGUUUCUUAACCUUUAUUUAUAUUAUUAACAAUUAUUAUACGAGUAUUAUUGUGUUGUUGGGCUGGAGAUUACUCUAUGCACCGUAGUGUAUUUUGCAACUGUUACCUUGUGCUUACGAGAAAACUGCAAAUGUAUUUCAAAUGUACUUAUUUUGAUGAUUAUUUAUAUCAGUAUCUUAAGUUACGGAAAGCUCAUCAAUUAAUGUGAUUGCUAUGGAAAGUUGCAAAUGUAUUUGAAUGCUCGCGCUGUGGACCACGUCUGAUAGUUAUGCUAUGGAAAGCUGAAAUUGUAUUUGAAUGUGAUUUGGUGGUGUGACCAUCGGAAUCUUAAGCUGCUACUUCAUUAUUGUAAACUGAAAUAUAUUUCAAAUAUAUUAUUAUGUAAUUUCAUUAAUGUAUUUUUCGAAUAUGGUCGUGUUAUGGAAAGCUGGAAAUGUAUUUUGAAUCUGCUAUUUUGUGUUGGAGCCACCAACUGAAUGAAGGUGCCAUGUUAUGGAAAGUUGCAAAUGUAUUUGAAUUGUGGUCAAU